AUGCCCAAGGACUCCUCCGCCGAACCUCUUUCCGGUCUCUUCGGAGUCGUAAAGCCAUCCGGGCCGACUUCAAUGUCGAUUGUAAACGAUAUCAAGGAGCUUGUCAGCACUUCUCCGCUGUUUGUUGAGGCGUCGAAGUUAGCCACCAAGUCUCAAAAGAAGGGAAAGAAGCAUGGUCGCCAGGUCGUCAAGAUUGGGCAGGGUGGGACCCUCGACCCUCUCGCGGAUGGGGUCCUCGUUGUUGCAAUAGGAAAGGGUACGAAGAAGCUGUCCGACUUCCUAGACUGUAUUAAGGAAUAUCGGACGACGUGUCUACUCGGGUGCGAGACGGACACAUACGAUAGCGAAGGGAAGCAGGUGCGCACUGCGCCCUGGCACCACGUUACGCGUGAGCAAGUCGAAAAAGCACUGGAGCAAUUCCGAGGAGACAUCGAGCAAACGCCACCUAUCUUCUCCGCACUGAAAAUGGAUGGAAAGCCGUUGUACGAUUACGCGCGUCGCGGUAUACCUUUGCCUCGUCCGAUCGAGAAGCGCAAAGUGACCGUUCACUCCCUCGAACUAGUCGAAUGGACAGGAAGCAACCACUCAUACCGCUGGCCAGAGCAAAAGUUCACCGAAGAAGAACGUGCUGCUAUGGAGACCGCUCUCAAAGGCAUUAACCAGGAAACCUCUGUCAAAGACGAACCCGAAGUGUCGGCGGAGGCCGCGACGGCUACCGAACAGGUCCCAACCGCGUUUGUGCUACAGAUGCGGGUCUCGGGUGGCACAUACGUUCGCUCUGUGGUUCACGAACUCGCGCAUUCGCUCGGCUCCGCUGGCCAUGUGGUAACAUUGCAACGCUGUCGACAAGGACGAUACACUCUUACACCAUCCGCCAGUGAUGAUCGACCUUGUAUUCCCUGGGAAGUGUUCGAAAAGGCCUUGAAAGAUGAAGGGGAGACGGAUGCUGAUGGUCGCAAGGAAUGGGAGAAGGAAGUAGUGAGCACAUUGGAAAUCGUGUCCUGA